CCCACAUUUUCUUGCUCUCUCCCUCUCUCUCUCUCUCUUUCACUUUCUAACUCUUUUUCUCCGCAUUUCUCACUCGUACAGGUGAUUUGAGAGGCAAACAGGGCAGCUUCUUAUGAAUUUUGGUAGCUGUGCAGGAGGAACUUCAUAUUAAAGUGUCAUGCAGGGCAGGUUUAUUUUGGCCAAGACAUCAUCAUGACCUGGACAAACCCUCUGACCCUUCUUUGGCAGGGCUGGGCGAGGCACAGGGACCGGGACGGCCCCAUCAGGAAGGUGGUCUCCAACCUGCCCUUUGAAGAUCUGAAGAAACGUGACCAGCCGAACCGCCAGUAUGAGGGCAACGCGAUCAAAACCAACAAAUACAGACUUUGGUCUUUCAUCCCUAUGAACUUAUUUGAGCAGUUCCACCGCAUGGCCAACAUUUAUUUUGUGGGCCUGGCCAUCUUGAAUUUCAUCCCGGUGGUGAACGCGUUCCAGCCAGAGGUGGCUCUCAUUCCCAUUUGUGUCAUCCUGGCACUGACCGCUGUCAAGGAUGGUUGGGAGGAUUUCCGGAGGUACCAGAGUGACCAGCAGCUCAACAAUAUGCCUUGCUUCAUUUUCAGCAGGAAACAGAUGCGUUUGGUGAAGAGGAGAUGGAAGGAUGUACGUGUGGGGGAUUUUGUAAGAGUGCUCUCUAACCAGAUCAUCCCAGCUGACAUCCUGCUCCUGCACACGUCCGACCCUAAUGGAGUGUGCCACAUGGAAACAGCCAAUCUGGAUGGAGAGACCAACCUCAAACAGAGGAGGGUGGUGCCAGGCUUUUCCACUCCGGGCGAACCAUUUCAACCUCAAACAUUUUCCAGUACUGUCGUGUGUGAAAACCCCAACAACAACCUCAACGUGUUCAAAGGUUAUGUGGAGAGGCCUGAUAAGAGGAGAACAGGCUUCGGCAUCGAUAGUCUUCUGCUGCGCGGGUGCACAGUGAGAAAUACUGAUGACGCAACUGGAAUAGUGGUGUACGCAGGCCAGGAGACCAAAUCCAUGUUAAACAACAGCGGGCCCAGGUACAAACGCAGCAAGAUUGAGAGGAAGAUGAAUACGGAUGUUCUCUUCUGCGUGCUUCUUCUAUUUUUCAUGUGUCUCAUCGGAGCCCUGGGCCAUUCUAUCUGGUUGGAAACUUUUAGCACCAUGCCCUCAUACAUCGUCCCUGACAGAAAUGGCAAUUAUACUCCUUCGGUACUUGCGGGAUUUUACAUGUUCUUCACAAUGAUCAUCUUACUGCAGGUGAUGAUUCCUGUGUCCUUGUAUGUGUCCAUUGAGCUGGUGAAGAUUGGGCAGAUCUUCUUCAUCACUCAGGACGUGGAGCUUUACGACGAGGAGCUGGAUAGUCGGGUCCAGUGUCGUGCUCUGAACAUCACAGAAGACUUGGGACAGAUCCAAUAUGUCUUCUCAGAUAAGACAGGGACGCUUACAGAAAACAAGAUGGUAUUCAGACGCUGCACCAUUGUGGGGACUGAAUACUGUCACGAGGAGAACGCUGCUCGCUUGGCAGUUGUCAGUGGUGCAAAUGAAGAGGAGGAAGACACUCUCUACCAACAGACAAAGCUUCCUCCUCUCUUCCCUCUGGAAGAAUUACAGGACAGCCACACAGGAGACAAAAAUCACGCCAACACUCAAGUCACAGCUGCCAAUCGACGCAGAUCAAGAGCGGCAGCGGGAGCCCAAAGUGACAUGGCCUUCAGCACUCCUCUGGAAACAGUGGUGGUUCCAGACAGGAAGCUGAUGCUGGAGUUGGACCGUCAGAUGGCGAGCAUCCUGAGCGGGCCCUACCUGGACUUUUUUCUGGCUUUGGCCAUCUGCAACACCGUCGUGGUUUCCACAGCGACGGCCCAGAGACAGAGGGUCAAAGGGCUCAGUAACUCUGCAGACUCCAGUGGUUCAUUUCAUAUUAUGGGACAGUGGUUCAGAAAGGGUUCCCUGAGGAACGUUUUCAGCUCCAUGAAGUUCUUCAAGAGAGGCAGGGAGACACUCGCAGAUCCUUUCGCCAAAGAUGAAGACGAGCCUGACCUGUUUCACAGCUCUGAUGUCUCAGACUCAACCACAGAGCAGAAGGUCAUCUCAAGUGGAAGUGAGGUUAAACACAGUCUGUCUAGAACAGAGGAGGUGUGUUAUGAGGCCCACAGCCCAGAUGAGGCCGCCCUGAUACACGCAGCAAAGGCUUAUGGGUUCACAAUGGUGGAACGCACUCCUUAUUACGUGACCGUCAAGCUGCCUGAUGAUACCCUGCUGAAGUUUGAGGUGUUGGACGUCCUGACCUUUGACUCGACUCGGAAGAGGAUGUCCAUAAUAGUACGACACCCACACACCAAUGAAAUCAUCAUGUAUAGUAAAGGAGCUGAUUCAGCCAUCAUGGAAAGACUGGGGAACGUUUUUUCAAAUACGUCACAAGUGGAUAAUGUGGCGAAGCAAAUUGCUGUAAAAACUCAAAAAGACCUUGAUAUGUACGCCAGGGAUGGAUUACGAACGCUGUGCUUUGCCAAAAAGGUUAUCAGUGAAAAGGAGUUCAAGGCCUGGUUUGCUAUCAGACAGGAGGCACUGUCAGCCAUUGAUGAGAAAGAAGAGCGCCUUAUGGACACUGCAACCUACAUAGAGAACAACUUAACUCUGCUGGGGGCCACCGGCAUUGAGGACCGUCUCCAAGAAAAUGUCCCAGAAACCAUUCAGGCUCUGAGACGGGCUGGUAUGCAGGUUUGGGUGCUGACAGGGGACAAACCUGAGACGGCUAUCAAUAUCGCAUACUCCUGCAAGCUGCUAGACCAAGAAGACCUGGUGUUCACCUUCAGCACAAACAGGAAGUCUUUGUGUAAAAUGAGGUUAGAGGACACACUGGGAGAGGUGCGACGGAGUUCCCUGUCACCCGCAGGAGAUGUCCAGUUCAGGGGUAAUAACUCUGCGUUUACGAUGACGGAGCACAGCAUCGGGCUGGUGAUAGAUGGGCCGACUCUGAGCAUGGCCAUGUCAGACGACCUGGUGGAGCAGUUUGUGGAGCUUUGCAAACACUGCCGUGCGGUGCUUUGCUGUCGAGUGACGCCGCUGCAGAAGAGCAGUGUGGUCAAACUCAUACGGCAGAAACUGAGGGUCAUGACCCUCGCUAUAGGUGACGGCGCCAAUGAUGUGAACAUGAUUCAAGCUGCAGAUGUUGGCAUUGGGGUUUCUGGACAAGAGGGAAUGCAGGCCGUCAUGGCCAGUGAUUUUGCCAUCACUCGAUUUAAACACCUGCAAAGACUGCUGCUGGUUCACGGACACUGGUGCUACUCAAGACUGGCCAACAUGGUCAUCUAUUUCUUCUACAAGAAUGUGGAGUAUGUGAAUCUGCUGUUCUGGUAUCAGUUCUACUGUGGCUUCUCUGCAACAGCCAUGAUCGACUACUGGCUCAUGAUAUUUUUCAACCUGCUCUUCACCUCGGCUCCUCCCAUCAUGUUUGGGAUAAUGGACAAAGAGGUGUCAGACUCCACUUUACUGAGCCUGCCCGAGCUCUAUAAGAGAGGACAGCACUCAGAGGGCUACAGGCGUUCAACGUUUUGGAUUGCAAUUCUAGAUGCUUUCUAUCAGAGUCUAGUGUGCUUUUUUAUUCCAUACUGGACGUACAACGGUUCAGACAUCGGCAUAUUCUCGUUCGGCACUCCCAUGAACACGGUCUCUCUGUUCACCAUCAUCCUGCAUCUGGCCAUUGAGAUCAAGUGCUGGACGGUGGUGCACUGGGUGAUCAUGAUCGGCAGUGUGCUGGUGUACUUCAUCGUGACUCUGGCCUACAGCGCCAUCUGUACCAGCUGCAACCCUCCCUCCAACCCCUACUGGACCAUGCACAAACAAAUGGCCGACCCCAUGUUUUACCUCGUCUGCAUUUUAACAACUGUUGUUGCUUUACUGCCAAGGUACACCUUUCAUGUCCUAAAGGGAACUCUGGCACCCUCCCCUCACCUCCGCGCACGGCAGCUCGAGCGGCUCCCCCCCUCCCAUCGGGAGCAGCGGAUCAGAGAGUGGCGUGGUCUCCGAGACACGUGCAUUUCUCUCAGAUCCCAGGAACACAGCUCCUCUCCCUGCCCCAGUGCGUAAAGUACACACACACUCCACAGUCCGGCACACUCCACUUCCAUUUCCUCAAGCACAGAGAAUGACAAUGCCGCAAAGCUUGAAUUCUUCAAUACAACACACAAGUGCCAAAAGCCAAAACGGAAAGUUUAUUUAUUUUUUGAGGGAACUUCCGGCGCUGGUUUCGCUGUGCUCAUUCACUCCAAGGAAUGAAGCUGUGCUUUUCAAUUGUGAAUGUGCUCUUUGCUCUCACAAACCAUUUGCAUGAUCUUCACUUGGUUCUGUGCGGCUCAGUCCACACAAGAUCAAUGUAUGCAUAACAUUUCUCAACGGCGUGAAAGUAAUCUGUUCGGUGGAUGCAGCUGAGUCUUUUCCCUUCAGCGAAACCAACUUCUUGUUGUCAUGUGGACCACAUUUGUAUGCAUUUGCGCUUUGAGCUGCUCAUGUAAUAAUUGAGGUUUGCAGAUGUUACAUAAUAUCUUGGUUCAUCAGAGCUUGUUGUGCACGCUGACAGAAAUACAAGCACAAGUGAGAUAAAAGGAGGCUGGAUCUUCUUUUUCUUCUUCUUCAUAGGCCUACCUAAAUUGAUUGUCACAUAAGGCUUGUUGAUGAUGCCUGUGGGUGUAUGCGUGUAAUACACUGAGGCAGAUCACACAGUCCUUCGCUCACAUUUGAAUAUUUAAUUGCACUGCUGACGUCUGGCUGACGUCCUUCACUCAUGACGGGGUCAGUGAUGACCUCACGCUCAGACAGAUCAUAGCCGAGCGAGCGUGUCUCUUUUCCCCAUCCUUCCAGCAUGUGUGUGACAUACACCUCAGUCAGGGGAAAAAAGAGUCAGUCGCUGCUUCUAUUUGCAGAACCCAGGGCGGGUUUAUGUAAUGAUGACAGACAUGUUUCUGACGGGCCGCUUCUGCUCUCUGGUGGCAGUUUGACGAAAUGCAAAUACUAGCAUCCAUUUAUUAAAGCCACGUGACAGUGUUUCAUGUCACUUACUGAAGGAUUUCCUUAAAGGCAGGAACUACGGGUGAUUUGAUUAAAAUUUAACUUAAUAAAACAUUUUUGAUGUGAUUUUUAAACUUUUAAUAUACAAACGAAUGUCACUUUCUCUGUGUGUGAAAAGGGUAAUUUAAAAUAUGAUUUGAUAAAAAAACAAAUGUAAACUUAUGUUUGUGUGAUGCAAUAUUAUGUAUGUUUAUUUUAAUGUAAUUUAAGAAGCAAUGUUUAGAAGUAAGCUUUUCUUUCUGUUACGAUAAUUACAUAAUGAUUAAUAUUUGUAAUAAUGAACAAAAUAGGAAAAUGACAUUUAUUUGAUUCUGUAAUAGGUGAAUGGAAUAUAAAAGUAUGAAAAUGAUUUUUUAUUCAUUUCAAUUGUGGAUGUUUUUUAAUUGUUUGAUCUAUUGUGGAAAGCCAAAGUUGUUAAUUAUCAACCCUAUCUGACAAAGAGACCACAAAUAAAUUCAAAAGAAAUACAAA